AGGCGAAUGGUAGUUGGCACUGGUGAUUUACUAGGCGAAUGGUGGAUACAUGGUUGGGGAAUAUAAUCCACUUUCCUCUUCCCCUUAUUAAUAGUUUGUGGAAGACAUUUCUUUGGAGAGCUAUGCAAACAUUCUGCCUACCACCACCAAUGAAUGAGGAUGUGAUGCAUACCCUACUCUUCUGUGAUUUUUCUAUGCAGGUUUGGCAUGAGUCUUCUUUGCAAAUUCCAUGUGCAUCCGGGGUGUCUUUCCCCCGGUGGCUCAACCAACUGUCAUGUCUGGAAUACGGCUGCUGCACAGACUGUGCCCAGCCGGGCGCCUGCUGCUGCACAGACCGUGCACUGGGUGCGUGCACCUGCACGACUGCGGCCAGCCGGGUGUGUGCACCUGCACGGCUGCUGCACAGAUUGUGCCCCAAUGGGCGCAAGCACCUGCACGGCUGCUGCACAGACCGCGCACUGGGUGCGUGCACCUGCACGACUGUGGCCAGCCGGGUGUGUGCACCUGCACGGCUGCUGCACAGAUUGUGCCCAAAUGGGCGCAAGCACCUGCACGGCUGCUGCACAGACCGCACCCAGCCGGGUGCGUGCACCUGCACUGCUGCUGCACAUACCGUGCUCGGCCGGGCAGAGCGUUAGAUGCCUUGUUUUCUUUUUUUUUUUUCAUGGCUAGUCUGCUUAUUUAUUUAUUUAUUUA